AUGUUGAAGCUUUCAUGUAAUGGGGUGGACCGGGUUCAGCUCACGGCUCAAUGCGGGUUCAUGGGUCGGCCCACUUCGUUUUUUUCGUCCCGGACGUCAGUUACGGGAUUCCGGUCAACAAAGACGUGUCCGGUUUAUGCGGUGGCGUCAGCUAAGGAAGGGGCGGUGGUGAACCGGGUUGAACCGGAAAAUGGGAGUUUGGAGGACCGGUUGAGGCUUGGGAGCUUGACUGAGGAUGGGUUCUCUUAUAAAGAGAAGUUUAUUGUUAGGAGCUAUGAAGUUGGAAUCAAUAAGACUGCUACUGUUGAAACCAUUGCUAAUCUCUUGCAGGAGGUUGGAUGUAAUCAUGCUCAGAGUGUUGGAUUUUCAACUGAUGGUUUUGCAACAACCCCUACCAUGAGAAAAUUGCGUCUCAUAUGGGUGACUGCUCGGAUGCACAUUGAAGUCUACAAAUACCCUGCUUGGAGCGAUGUUGUUGAGAUAGAGACAUGGUGUCAAGCGGAAGGGCGGGCUGGAACAAGGCGUGAUUUUAUUAUUAAAGACUAUGCAACCAGUCAAGUCAUUGGAAGAGCAACAAGCAAGUGGCUAAUGAUGAAUCAGGACACAAGGCGACUCCAAAAAAUGUCUGAAGAACUUCGAGAUGAGUAUUUGGUUUUUUGUCCUAGAGAGCUAAGGUUGGCAAUUCCUGAAGCAGAUAGUAAUUGCUUAAAGAAAAUUCCGAAAUUGGUAGAUCCUGCUCAGAGUUCCAGUCUCGGUCUUGUGCCUAGAAGAGCCGAUCUCGACAUGAAUCAGCACGUUAACAACGUGACCUAUAUUGGAUGGGUGCUUGAGAGUGUGCCUCAAGAAAUCAUCGACACUCACGAGUUGCAGAGUAUUACCUUGGACUACAGACGAGAAUGCCAACGGAACGACAUUGUUGAUUCGCUAACAAGUGAAGAAACAUCUGAGGAUGUUCCGGAACUCAAAGGUACAAAUGGAUCUGCCAAAGCAAAUGAUGACAAACAAGAACACCAACAGUUUCUUCAUCUUCUUAGGUUGUCUACCGACGGACUUGAAAUUAACCGAGGAAGAACAGAAUGGAGAAAAAAAGCUCCAAGAUAA